AUGUCGAAUCCCCAUCCUGCUACGCCGUCCUUUGGUGGCGCAUACACGGGAUACAACUUUGCAGAUGCUGGAUCGCAACAUGGCGGCCUCCAGACGCUGUCGAGAGGAGACCUUCCACCUCCUCCAAAUGGAGGCGGUUACAGCGUUCCAACUGCAACAUAUCCAACUCCAGGUGUAAAUAACCAGAGUUUUCUGGCGAACGCGACAACCUCGAGCGCCGCCCACUCUACUCCUCCACACCUCCCACCUCCGCCCUUUCAAGUCUCUGCAGACUUCUUCAAGCAAUUUGCAAACUCGAAUCUACCACCUCCACCUUACCCCCCAGUCCCUAUCCCUCAUCUUGGCUUUUCUCAGUUUCCACCUCCACAACCAAAUUUCGCCGCCACAUUUACGCCUCCUAAUACUGUUCUGACAAAAAGCUCACAUACGCAACAAUAUAACCCACCACCUUUACCUAGUACUCAGUCUUCUCCCAACUAUCAGCAAAACACUUAUGUUGUUAGUAGGGAGGAAGGUGAACUGAGUGACGGUGAACUGGCCGCCAAUUUUACCGAGCGUAUAGUAGAACCUAGCCAGUCCCUUAGGAAAGACCAGACAUUUUUGUCCAUGAUGCCUCGGAAUGUAGACUCUCCCCAGGAAGACACAAGCUUAGCUGCUCAACCUGUUACCUUUAUUGCUCAUUCGAAACCUAACACUAUUAAACCUAUCAUCGAAGAAAUUCUUGAUGCCUCACGACCUGUCUUCCCUGGAGCAGAUAUGGGCAACGUCUUUCAACGUCAAACGGAAGUCGAGGAGGACAAAGUGCCAUCUGCCGACAGCGAUAGUAUUUCCUCUUACAAUCCACCAUCCGCUUCAACGCGGGAUCCAGAAGAGCCAGACGUGCGUCUGACUGAUCCUUUACCAAACACUCUGGACGGCGCUGAAAGCUACACACCUGCAGCGACGAAACAAAAUGGGAGUGUCACCAACUAUCUUCGCGAGGAAGCCAAAGACGCUCUACGCUCGCUUGAGCGGCAUAACAUUAGAUACAAGGAAUUGGUGGGAGAAGGAGUCGAUCCAUACAUCCUUGAGCACUUGUAUGAAGAUCUUGGUGAACACAUCAUUGAAAAACCCCCUCUAACUCCUGUUGUGGUGGAACAAAAAGUCGCUGUUGCUAAAAAUGUCGCGCUGAAGUAUUCUCAAACGUCCAAAGAACUUGCAGGGGGUUCGCCUCGUAAUACUAGUCAAGGUACAGAGCAAGCCUUCAACACAGCAGACCACAAUCCGAGCUCGAUACCGGUGAGCUCUGCGUCUCAGGUUCAGGCGAUUCUAGGUGUUUCAGACUCUCCCAAGCCCUCCCCAGCGGUUCUAGUGAAUAUCGAGAAGGCUUCUGGUACUCAACCUUCAUCGACUGUGGCUAUGGAGAGAAAGGAUCGCAUCGCCCAGCUACUGGCAGCUAAGACCGGCCGAACGAUAGCAGGCCGUCCUGCUGUUGAGAAGCAACCAGACCUCCCAGCGGAAAAUUCGAGGUCUCCGUCCAUAGUGGAUGCUACCCCGAAGCCACUUUCUCUACCUGACAAACCACCUUUGCCAUCAUCUGAGCCCCUGAUCAAACCCAAAAACAAAGCUCAGACUGAAUUAAUUCGACAGAAAAUGGAGGCACUUAAGAGAGAAGCGUUGGCUAAAUCUCAAGCCCAGGGCACGCCAAAGGCAGUUUCUGUACCUUCGUCCCCAGCUUCAUCUACUCCUCAACAUGCAGCAUACCCUCCCAAACCAGGAUCUAAUGACCUUGCAGCUGAAAUCCGGUCAGAUGGACCUCAAUCACAUAUCCCAGGGCUCUUCAUGACCACUGCACCACAUCCCGACGAUCUCCAGAGCUUGAAUGAGGCCAGUGAACCUCCAAUAAUGGGGAAGGUCGAUGAACCAAUCAGCAUGCACUCCACUGCGACCUCUGUCAGUCAGGACACCUCUGCAGAACUUGAGACCAAUUAUGUUCAAUCCCCCGGUGGGCACACCAUCCCGGUACGCCUCCCUCAGAAACGACCAUUAGCGUCGGACUCCUUUGACGAGUCAAGGCCAUCCCUCAAACGCCCGUUCGGUCGUAAAGAAUCCCACGACAAGGUUGAGAUCGUUCUUAGCGCAACAGAAAGUGAGGGAGAAGUCGAAGACGUUGAAAUGGAGCUCGAUGAGGAAUCUGAUGAGGAGAAACAGACUCAUCAGAGCGACAUUGUACCUGCUACAUCUGUCCGGCACAACAAUAUACGGAAUCUGCCUCCUUUGACUGAUAUUCCUUCUCCUAACCCGGCUAGACAUGCCACUAGCGUCAUUAAUACCCCUACUCCUACCGCUGUUCAAACACCUGGAAGAGACAGAGGCAAAGAAGAGCUCUGGAAAGCGAAACACCAGGAGAUUGAGCUGAUGCGGAAGAAAAUUGCUGAAAUGGAGGAAAGACGGAAAGCCAAGCAAAACGCAACCAAUGUAAAUUCGCUCAAGAUAGGUGGGAAGCCUGCUGUGCCUGUGAUAAGAACGUCACUUGCUAGAUCAGUGCAGCCGUCAAGCCCAGGGCAUGCAAGACCGCCUGUCGCUGUCGAUCCAGAAGCACCCCGUGAUGCAAUUCAAUCUCCAGUCCUAACGGCAUCAAGACCAGAAGAAUUGCCUAGCACACCAUCUACACCACUCUAUGCCAUCAAGGAGCCUAUCAGGGUGGAAGAUCUGCGACAACAGCUCCUGAGGCGAAAAGCUACAAGAGAAGGAACUCCAAAUGCUGCUGAUAUAGGGCUUCGUCAAGCUCAGCUAGCCGAGAAGCGCGCCAAACUGGCGGAGUUGAAACGAGAAGCAGAAAGACGUGAGGCGGAAAUCCUAGCAGAGUCUAAAUUGCUGGAAGCACAACUUCAUGCUGAACUCAACGGUGAAGACGUUUACGAGGAAUCGCAAUCUAAUGUGGACAGUGACAUGGAGGGUGGCCCCGGUUCAAGGGACCGAGCAGCAUUAGAUACCUUACUGCGAAAACACAAAGAUGCACCAAACUCAGUUGUCGGUGGCACUCCUCCAGCCAACACUGAUCGUGCCCUUUCACAAGAACAAUUACCUGUUGAAGCUGUUUCGCGACCUUCAUCGCCAGACUUUGACAUCGGCUCUCGGCCUUCUACUGAGGAUGGCGCCGACAAGAAAAUGGCAUCAACUGGGCGCACCGUUACCUCCCUCCGAGGUAACACGGAUGCAUUGAGGGAAGUUCAGGGAGUUCAGGAAGUUCAGGAAGCUCAGGAAGAUCCGCUCGGCAGACCAAUGGAUGAUGCUAUCGAGAUGGUGACGGUGCCGCAACAAAGCGAGUCUCCUGCAAUGCGAGUUAUCGAAACGGAUCAAACAAACCUUGAAUCCCCCUUUCCUUCACAUGAGGACAGAAAUGGAGAUGACGGAGGCAUGGACAAUGUCGAAUCUAAUAUCAUUGACGAGGAUGGCAGCAUAAGCAUGUCAGAUAGCGCUUCCGAAGAUUACGAACCUGCAGAGCCAGAUCACAUGGAUGACGAUAAGCCUGAUAAUGACUCUGAACUCUACGAGCCCGCGGAUGUGGCAGAACCUAUCGGUGUAGCCGAACUGCAGGUCUCAAGGCCAGAUGAGGUCACCAAGCCAGUUGAAUUCGACCAGCCUGUUGCCAGAGGCCCGACGCAACCUACAAGUCCAAUUACUGAACAGCCAGAUAAUUCGAUCUUGGUCGAUGACGCUGAAGACGGUAUGCAGCUAACCGAGCCAGACACUAUUAACAAGCCACAGAUCAUGUCACAGUCUCAGGAGGGCGAAAGCAAAUCCAAGAUCCCAACGUCGUCGUCCCAUUUCACUCCCUAUGAAACGCCGAGAAAAUAUUUCAGGAACUUCCGAUAUCACGACCAUUUCCCAGAGGUUGUUUCAAGUGGUUACAAGUCCAUGACAUUCAGCAACAAUAUCGACCCUAGAAAGCCAUUCUGUCCAACAGAGCUUGCGGGAGAGACAUGUCAAGACCCGGCUUGCGAAGAGCAGCACUUUCGCCAGGUUGCAUUGACUGAUGAUAAAAUCCUGGCUCAGAUGAGCACUGCUAACAACCUAAAAACCAAAGCAGAGCACGAACGCUGGGUCGCAGGCCUUCGCCAGGUCAUUGCUGAUCUUCGAAGCAAGGGAGUCAAAGACUUCCACCUGGUUGCCAGUGCUCUGGCAGCUUAUCGUAGACGCUUUUCCGAAGAGCUGAGUACACCCACUUCUGCUUCAUCGCAAUCGUAG